CCCCGGAGGUGCCUCCGGCCCCUCGCCGCCUCGCUCGCCUCGCCUGCCCGCGUCUCUGCCUGGCGGCCGCGAUGUCUGACAAGGAAUUCAUGUGGGCCCUCAAAAACGGAGACUUGGAUGAGGUGAAGGACUACGUGGCCAAGGGUGAAGAUGUCAACCGGACACUUGAAGGUGGGAGGAAGCCUCUUCACUAUGCAGCAGACUGUGGACAGCUUGAGAUUCUGGAGUUUCUGCUAUUGAAAGGAGCCGAUAUUAAUGCUCCAGACAAACACAAUAUCACACCACUCCUAUCGGCAGUCUAUGAGGGCCAUGUUUCCUGUGUGAAAUUGCUUCUGUCAAAGUGCGAGAUGAGCGUGCUGUCUACCAAUAUCAGGCUGCAGUUACGUGUUACAGCUAAGCCGAUGCAAAG